GUUGCGAGGGGCGGACCAAGCCCCAACCCCGGGGGAUCCGAGCAGGUAUAUAAGGGGCCCAGCUAGAGCCCAGGCAGACUGUGAAUGCGACCUGUUCGAGAGAACGCAUCAGGUGCGAGAAGCCCGCGGGUUCCUGCUGACUUGGCGCGGAGCAUUUUGAUAAGCCUACCCUUCCCGCCGGACUCGCUGGCCCACAGGCCCCCAAGCUCCGCUCCGACGGAGUCCCAGGGCCUUUUCACCGUGGCCGCUCCAGCCCCCGGAGCGCCUUCUCCUCCCGCCACGCUGGCGCACCUUCUUCCCGCCCCGGCAAUGUACAGCCUUCUGGAGACUGAACUCAAGAACCCCGUAGGGACACCCACACAAGCGGCGGGCACCGGCGGCCCCGCAGCCCCGGGAGGCGCAGGCAAGAGUGGUGCGAACGCAGCCGGCGGCGCGAACUCGGGCGGCGGCAGCAGCGGUGGUGCGAGCGGAGGUGGCGGGGGUACAGACCAGGACCGUGUGAAACGGCCCAUGAACGCCUUCAUGGUAUGGUCCCGCGGGCAGCGGCGCAAAAUGGCCCUGGAGAACCCCAAGAUGCACAAUUCUGAGAUCAGCAAGCGCUUGGGCGCCGACUGGAAACUGCUGACCGACGCUGAGAAGCGACCAUUCAUCGACGAGGCCAAGCGACUUCGCGCCGUGCACAUGAAGGAGUAUCCGGACUACAAGUACCGACCGCGCCGCAAGACCAAGACGCUGCUCAAGAAAGAUAAGUACUCCCUGCCCAGCGGCCUCCUGCCUCCCGGUGCCGCGGCCGCCGCCGCCGCUGCCGCGGCCGCAGCCGCUGCCGCCAGCAGUCCGGUGGGCGUGGGCCAGCGCCUGGACACGUACACGCACGUGAACGGCUGGGCCAACGGCGCGUACUCGCUGGUGCAGGAGCAGCUGGGCUACGCGCAGCCCCCGAGCAUGAGCAGCCCGCCGCCGCCGCCCGCGCUGCCGCCGAUGCACCGCUACGACAUGGCCGGCCUGCAGUACAGCCCAAUGAUGCCGCCCGGCGCUCAGAGCUACAUGAACGUCGCUGCCGCGGCCGCCGCCGCCUCGGGCUACGGGGGCAUGGCGCCCUCAGCCACAGCAGCCGCGGCCGCCGCCUACGGGCAGCAGCCCGCCACCGCCGCGGCCGCAGCUGCGGCCGCAGCCGCCAUGAGCCUGGGCCCCAUGGGCUCGGUAGUGAAGUCUGAGCCCAGCUCGCCGCCGCCCGCCAUCGCAUCGCACUCUCAGCGCGCGUGCCUCGGCGACCUGCGCGACAUGAUCAGCAUGUACCUGCCACCCGGCGGGGACGCGGCCGACGCCGCCUCUCCGCUGCCCGGCGGUCGCCUGCACGGCGUGCACCAGCACUACCAGGGCGCCGGGACUGCAGUCAACGGAACGGUGCCGCUGACCCACAUCUGAGCACCGGCCUGCGCUCGUCCACCCUAGUUCCCCACCCCCACCCCCACUCCCGCCCCGCACCCCCAAGUUGGGACGCCUUGUUUAGCUUUGCUUGCCUGGGACUGUUGCCUUGUACCGAUGAUGAGGAGGACUGAAAGUUUUGCUGUAGCUGUCGGGUUUUGUACAAAAGCAAAAAUAAGUCAGGAGCAGCGAAAAUGGGACUUCUAGAGAGCUCUCUUGCCCCACGCCGCUGCUCCUUCUUUCACCUUUGUAGGCUGGGAAUCGCUGUGUUAUUUGCAAAGAAAAAACAGCCCCCACUCCUCCUCCUGAGUUCCAGGGUUAUUCUGUUACAUUUGAAAAUGUUGUCUUGUUAGUUUGCAGUUAGCCAAGGAGUGAAUGGGAGAAACAUAGUAUCGGGUGAGGCCAGCUGGAGAACUGCAACGCCUACGCCCCCAGUCGUGUCGCGUCUGUUUUCCUCGUGGUUUUUUGGGGCGCUGACCGCUCCAAGCAGCGCGGCAGCUAAAGCCAAUGUUAAUUUAUAGCCAGGUGUGCGUGUGUCUCCCGCCUCGCCGCCCCUGGCCGCGGGACAGCUUCUGUCCAGUCAUGUUGAGUUGGUGAUUUCUGCCGUGAUCUGUUUGAUAUUUCUUCGCGCUAAUGUGUUCAGAUUUCGUUUGGGUAGUGGGGAGGGGCUACUUUGUUUCAGGUUUUUCAAGCUUUUACUCUUAAUUCCUAAAUGAGAUCAAUAAAUUUUAUAACCAACA